UCAAUUGAAUUAAUUCCACGCUUUAGAUUAUAUUUCAUACCCACAACCAACCCUAAAUUCCCUUUUGCCUCAAUUUAGCAUUGCAAUAUCAUGGCCGCUGAGCUCACCUCGGGUCAAGAUCAUGCCUUGACGAUGGCUUCAUGCCAAGACGAGCUCCUUGCCAAGACAUCGAAGAUCAAGAAAUCUCUGCGCAAGAUAUGGGCGAUGGAGAAGUCUCUGCGCGAACUGGGGGAGAACGAGAAAUAUCUAGCCGCGCUUUUGGCCCAGAAAAUCCAACUGAUCGAUUUGAAGAAAUUAAUUUCGAAGGAGCUUCGCCUACUACGCCGCAGUAAGGCCGACAGUCACAAACAUGGCUUGCCCAUGGUUGAGAAUGCAUCAACGACGGUAAAUCAGGGGGAAGAUAGAUCUUUGUUUUUAAUGGUAACUUUCACUAGGGGCAAAUACACUGAUGCCAUCUAUGAAGUUAAAUUCAAAUUUGGAGGAGAAGUUGAUGAUAUGGGUGCACGAGUAGCACGUGUAGCCAAGUUCAGUGGUUCUACCCAUUUGGGUGCAAGGCUUUUCGACCGCUCCCAACUAUAUGUGUUUUCAGAGGAGGGUUGGGAUAAACCUUGCGUUGAUUCAUUUGGAGGGUAUAUCUUUGAUACGAAAACUAGGGCAUUAGAUCGCUUAACACCUUCUACCGUACAGUUUAAGCAGCAUGGAACAGUUGUGUCGGCAUAUGGCACACUUUAUUUUCUUGAAACCGAAACGGAAUUUGUACAAGGUUCAGGCUUAUUCUUUGCGAAAUAUAACCCUGAUAAGAAGGAUUGGGUGCAAAUGCCUUCGUUUCCAUUUUCUUAUAAGUUUACUAUGGAGGCAACUGGUUUUGCAAAGAAUUGGAAACGAGUUGAAAUUGGCACUUGUACUCCGUUCCAAGGGAGAGCCGUGGUUGUAGGUGAGACUAUAUAUGCCUUAAAUUAUUUUAGGACGGAUGAGAUUAUAGCGUACUCCUUGAGGAGGAAGGUAGUUGACGACGGUGAUAUUGCAUAUUCACUAGUCCAACAAUUUAAAUUGAACGGCCUUGACAUUGCUGAUCCGCCUUUGCAAUUUGAUGGUCUUGUGACUGACUAUUUGGUUCAUCUUGGGAACCAAGACUUCGUUCAUGUUAAGACUGGUACUAACGAAGAAUGUGAUGAGCUUCAACAUCUUUGUAUCACCACGUUUCAAAUUGUUCAAGGAAUGAUCGAGACCUUGCAUUCAACUGUUCUUCGUGUGAAAAUCGAUGUCCGUAAUUGGUUCAUGCUUACGCUCGGCUUUACUCCGGAAUGCGGGGAUUAUGAACCCGAAGAAAGUAAUAGUGCAGCAAGCAUGAAGCAGCCAAAACAAGAAGAUGACACCACUUUGGAUGAGAAUUCUUUGAUGCAUGAGGAAGAAGCCAAACAUGAAGUAGCCUUCAUGCAUCAUGAAAAAGCAAACCAGACAAAACCCAAGAAUGCAAGCGGAAUAAUUAAAAACAAAAGAAAAAGAAAAAGCGGAUGGAAGGAGGGAUUACAUGUAACCAAAAAAAAGAAAGUGGGAUUACAGGUAGUAGAAAACAACCUGUAAUGUAAGGACUUGAGGAGCAGAGCUGGGAAUCCGUACGUCUUUGAUUAGAUAUUAUUGAGGCAUUUUACUGCCAUCUUUUGUUCACUGUUGAUAUUGCUAUAUUUUAUUUUUGUUAAGGAUAUUGAAUUAAUGAUCCUUGUUUGCUAUAUAUAAUUAUCAUGGUUCAGUUUGUUGCUGCACAAACUGAUGAAUGUAGAGUUCAAUUUCGU